UAGAAUGGACGGACCCAGACAUUUCUGUCAAAUCGCUAUCGCUAAAAUCUAAUGGCAACACCUUAACACCUUAAUGGCAACACCUUUGUGUACAUACAUAUGUACAUUUGACUGAUCAGUUUCAACUUUGCCUCAUAUUAUCAACGAUGAAGCCAACAGGGAAAUUAUAGUUUGCUGUUCGCUGUAGUUCAACGCCGAUGUUGGACAAAAAAUUUUGUGCAGACACAAAUAUUUUGACCAGUAAAGAAAUGGUGAAUAACAGCCUGGUGCUGUUGCUACUGAGUAGAAAAAUCGGUUUGGUAGAUGGGCACAAAGCUACGGACCAAUCUUAUCCUUUUCGUGUAUCUAUCACUGGCAUCGGCGCUCAUCACCGAUUAUUCGCGCGCCAAAUACAUUCCCAUAGUCGACGGCCAGAUCUUGGUGUGAGAGAAUUCUGCCUAUGUAAGGCACUCCGCACGUGUGGCAGAGGAGACGGUCGGCAUGCUCGAUCAAUUUCCACAAUCGCACAUGAGAAAUCUGCUGAGCGUAAAUUCAGCUCCCCUCCGGGACUUGCUGGAUGCCUGGACUUCCUGGGCUCCAUACUAAAGGUUGUAGCCGGCACACCUGAUGCUGGUGAUUUAGAAAAGAGUAGGGUUUUAGAGGCGAACAAUAGGCAAAUAGAAAUUAAUACCAAAAUCCAGAGUCAAAUCAAUAAACUAACUGCCACCGCCAACCUAAUCCUCAAGACAGCAAAAGAGUCGCAAAUUGACACCGUUCACUUGUAUGAAAAUUGCUCGCGAGAAAUAGAAUGCUUAUGAUGAAGCUUCAAAAUUUAAUGUUGGCCGUGACGCUGGCAAAAAUGAACAUUGUUAGCCCGAAUAUUCUUGAUCACGCAAAUUUAAGAUCUGUUUGGCUGGAGUAGCCCACCAACACCCCCAUAGGGGACCUUAUGUCCGUAUCGUCCGAAAAAGUUAUACAAUCCAAUAACGCAUUACACUUUAUCAUCAAAUUUCCGGUAAUUAAGUUCGCCUGUAAGAAAGUUACUAUUUUCCCCAUCAGUCACUAAGGAGCCAUGCUACGUUCAGACGAUGGCGUUAUCGAAGAGUGCAACAACGAGAUCUACACCGUCAAAGCUUGCACCCCAUCAACCAGCGCCACCUUCUGCCGGCUCACAUCACAUGCGCGGGAGAACUUCAUGCAGGCGGCGCGGCACACUGUGAAAUACAACCCAGCAGCCUGGAUCCCAGCCAGGCGGGAUGUGGUAGCUAACUUAAGUUAACGUAGCUACGGCGAGCGUGUGAAAUACGGCAACAACGGCAUUCUGGGGGGUAGUUAACUUACGUUAACGUCGCUACGGCAUAUUUGCGUGGCCGCGACGAAUAUGAAACCGCAACAAUGUGUUUCGCUUUCAUUCUAGCUGGAAAAUUGAAUUCUUGCAUUUAUCUAUUAUAUUCUUUUCUACCAAAGACACUAGAAUAACAAGAUGCGUAAGGGCCAUACAUUGGUUUGGCACUAUGCAGCUACUUUUUU